UUUUAUUCUUCCCAUUUUCAGUUCUUCUCCCCGGUAACGAAUCUCGAGGCAACCCAAAGUAUAAAUACUGUCAACGGAAAAAAUAACAAAAAAAGAAAAGAAUAAAAAAUAGAGAGUGAGAAUUUUUUUACAAGGCACGAACAUGGAUGGAUGAUUCAUGAAGGAGCUGCAUCUCUCUCUCUCUCUCUCUCUCUCUCUCUAAAAAGCGCAAAAGCGAAUAACUGAAAGAAACCCUAGGUUCUGCGUUUAGUUACUUGUAUUCAACGCAUCGAAUUGUGUGUUUGUGAUCGCGGUUAGCGUGAAAUGUGGUUGGCAACGUUCAAUCAUCGAUGAAGCAAUCUCAACGGUGGCAGAGGACUUUGAUCCUCUGUCUCCUUUCUCUCUCCGUCGUCACUCCUAUUGUUUUCGUUUCUCGCCGCCUUCAAGUUCUCACUCGCGAUGGUCGAAGAGAGUUUCUUGAUGAUUUAUCGGGUGUUAAAUACAGAACAGAUCCUUUAAAGUUAAAUUCUAUAGAACAGGAAGACUCGGAAGAAUUAGAAGAGCCAAAGCAAGUUGUUUAUAAAGAAAAUGAUGUUGGCACAACGUUAAGUGACGGUUCAGAAAACAGUAAUGAUUCUGAGGAGUCUAAAAUUGAGGGGACCAGAAAUAAUUUGUUGGAAAAAAAUGUUUCAGAAUUCGACCAUGAUGAAGCUCAACAGAAAGGAUUGUCCUCCACAGAUGAAACACAAGACCUGGAACCUCAGCAGAAAAUAUUGGCCUCCAAGGAUGAUACACAAGACCAGGAAGCUUGGCAUAAAGGCUUGUCCUCCACGGAUAGAGAUCAGAAGAAAUUUAAUAUAACAGUUACGGACAAUCAGAUUAUACAAACUCGCUCUCAAAGAAAGACAGAUGAGAAUAUUAAACUGAAAGAAAAGCAAUCUGGUUUGGCAGUAAACCGACACCAUCAGAUUUCACGUCAUCAGUCUCGCAGAGUGACAAAUCAGACUGUUAUGGAGAUUAAGGAUCAAAUUAUUAGAGCCAGAGCAUACUUGGGCUUUGCUCCACCAAACAGCAACUCACACUUGGUGAAGGAGUUGAAGCUGAGAAUUAGAGAGAUGGAGCGUGCAGUUGGAGAAGCUACCAAAGAUUCAGAUCUUUCAAGGAGUGCUUUGCAGAAAAUGAGACACAUGGAGGCUUCACUGUCUAAAGCCAACCGUGCGUACCCAGACUGCACUGCUAUGGCUGCUAAGCUCCGUGCGAUGAAUCAUAAUGCUGAAGAACAAGUUCGUUCUCAGCAACAUGAAGUAACACAUCUUGCUCAUCUUGCUGCAAGGACCACACCAAAAGGUCUUCACUGUCUUUCUAUGCAGCUAACUGCUGAUUACUUUGCCCUGAGCCUUGAGGAGAGAAAGCUGCCAAAUGAAAAUAAGAUUCAUGAUACGGAACUUUAUCAUUAUGCCGUCUUCUCUGACAAUGUUCUGGCAUGUGGAGUGGUCGUUAACUCCACUGUGUCUAAUGCCAAGGAACAGGAAAAACUUGUUUUUCAUAUAGUGACAAAUUCACUCAACUUUCCUGCAAUCUCAAUGUGGUUCUUAUUAAACCCUUCUGGAAAAGCCACCGUCCACGUACAAAACAUAGACAAUUUUGAAUGGUUGUCCAAGUACAAUACAUUCAAGAAACAAAAUUCCAGUGAUCCAAGAUAUACUUCUGAAUUGAACUACCUCCGUUUCUACCUGCCAAAUAUCUUCCCCACUCUAAAUAAGAUUUUGCUUUUUGAUCAUGAUGUGGUGGUGCAACAAGAUCUUAGCACACUAUGGAAUAUUAACAUGAAUAGAAAAGUAAUUGCAGGAGUUGGGACUUGUCAGGAAGGUGAAACAUCAUUUCGCAGGAUGGAUAUGUUCAUAAACUUCUCAGAUCCAUACAUUGUAAAGAGGUUUGAUGUCAAUGCUUGCACAUGGGCAUUUGGGAUGAACUUGUUUGAUUUGCAGCAAUGGAGGCAACAUAAUUUAACUGGUGUAUAUCACAAAUAUUUGCAAAGGGGUUCCAAUAUGCCAUUGUUUAACACUGGCAGUCUGCCAUUAGGCUGGCUCACCUUCUAUAACAAGAUUAUGAUUUUGGACAGACGGUGGCACAUUCUUGGCCUUGGUUAUGAUUCGGGCAUCGAUACAAAUAAGAUUGAGCAGGCUGCCGUUAUACACUACGAUGGAAUCAGGAAGCCGUGGAUGGAUAUUGGGCUGGGAAGAUACAAGAGUUAUUGGUCAAAAUUUAUGAAGUUCGACCACCCUCUUUUGCGACGUUGCAAUAUCCAGGCGUAGCUCAAUGUCUAAAGUUACUCUACCUGGCUGGUCCUGUUUGACUAGUUUGUUGGCACAUUGAUUGCCUGCAUAUGCUUUAGUCGAUUCUUUCUUGUUCUUGGCAAUUCUUGUUGUAAAGCCCUUCAUAGGUCGCAGAAUUUUCACACACAUAUUCUUUUAGAAAAUUAGCUAUUUGUAUUAGUGGCACAAAAGAUGAAAUAAGACUUGCAAUAGACAUUUUAGAUGUUUGGAGAUGACAUUCAUUGUUGUGUAAAUAAUGCAUUCCCAUGCUCUAUUACAGAUUAUGCCACCACAGUUUGCCAUUAGUUUACGCCAAUUUUGCAUGGA